UGGGCCCCAUCAAUCUGUGGAGGGGGAACCUGAGGCAGGAGGCUGUUCUGGAUGAAUCCGAACAAGUAUGGAUUUUUUGCUUGCUCCAUCAAAUUUCUUUCCUCUCUGUUCAAGGGACAUGAUCACCCUUGAAGUUCAACUCCUGUUCUGCCACCAUCUGUCUCAGACUAGGUGUCACCACCUGGAGGCUUGGCACUGCAGAUAAAUCCAUGUCAUGAUGUCUGUGUGAAUAACCAUAGGUACACAGGAUCCUAAGAUUUCGCAAAGAGAGGAAGAGGGGCUGGUGCUGAGCCUGAAGCCCUUGUUCAUUGGCUUUUGGGAUCCCUGCUCAUGGCAGAUGUCUUUAGCUGAGCCCACACUCUAUUGGUGCUCAGAAAUGUUCCCAUUUGGAGGACUAAAAAGAAAGGCAGCAGUACUGGAUGAUUGAGCUGGGAGGGCAUUGAGGGGGACUGGAGACAGCAGGUGAGGACUUGAAUGCCAGAAUGGGUACUCCAAAUUCUUUGGACAUUGGGAAGACAUGGGAGGUCCUUGAAUGGUGAAUAACUAGAGCAAAGCUCUUCACUGAUAUAUUUCCUCUUUCAAAAAGAUGACUCUGAAGAAAGCAGUCAUGGUUCCCUUUGUAGUAUCAUGGUAGGUGUGGUGUUGGUGGAGGAAGGGCAGUGAAGUGUCCAUACCCUGCCUUAUCACGGUCUUCUUAGUAUUUCUGAGCAAUUGUUUUCUCCAUUUGUUAGAUGGGAAAUGUAGAUUAUAUAGCCAUAUAUAGGUGCAUGUGCACACAUUUGUGUAUAUAUGACAUGUGACUGGAAAAGCCUUUCAGGUAUUGACUCUCAGCAGAGGACUCUUGUGGGAAACUAUCUUAUGACCCAUGUGCCUCAUGGUUAGAGGAUAUGUCUUUGGCAAAAAGUGCAGCAACCUGGGACAGUUUAUGAGCCUUCCCUUUCCUUGUCAUCAGCAUUUCUCCCCUACAUUGUCCUCUGCAUUUAGGGCAUUAAAGCUCUCGAGCCAUUUACUGCAUCAGAGCAGACAAGGAACACCAUUUUUUCCACCAGUAUCCCCAGAGAGCUAGUCUCAGGAACUUCUGUGGCCACACUGGCUCAGGAGACAACACACAGCAUGUUUGAGUUGGAUGUGUGUCAGGAGUCAGGAAAACCUGCUCUGAGCCCCAUUUUGCACCUUAGCAGUUCUAAGCCUUAUGAAAGCUACUUAGCUCUUCUGAGCCUCAGCUUCCUUCUCCACAGCAUAGGGAUUAAAUAGCAUUUUUGUUUUUGGGUAAACCUCAAAUGAAAUAAAAUCUAUGUGAAGAGCUUGGCUCAGAUAUCUACCAUUAUCACUGACAUUGUUAUUUAUUGUAAUUAAGGUCUCUGGGAUUAAUUUCUAAGAAACAGAACUUAAUCCCAGAUUCCCUGAUAGCAACUAAAUGUCAUGGACUACUGUUAUCUCUAGUGCUACCUACCACUACCAUACCGCCACAACCACCAUCAUCACCACCAUCACUUUCAUCAUUGUCACUAUAAUCACCCUUCCCUACCACUGUCAUAUUAAUUCAUUCCACUAAUAUUUAUUACUUAUAAUGUUCCUAGCAUGACUCCCAGUGCUUGGAUACAAUCAAACCUAACUAGCACAUCUCCUGUUUUCUUUAUUAGAAUUAAAAAAAUAUUGUGUUUAUUUAUGUGUAUGUGUGUUUCUGUCUGGAUAAGUAGGUCAGAUGAGAAAGUUGUUUUUCUCCUUUUACCAUUUAAGUUUCUCCUUUUACCAUGUGUGUCCUGGAGAUAGAACUCAGGUCAUCAGAAUUGGUAAUAAGUGCCCUUACCAGUUGAAUCAUUUGGCUGGCCCACCAUUUUCUGUUUUCAUUGCUAGACAACAUUGUGCACUUGGAAGAUCUUUGAUGAACUUUACAGGCAGUGCCCUGAAAAACCUCUGAGAGGAGUCUUAAGACAGACUGAGGAGAGAAGACAGCAUCUCUCUCUCUUGAUUCCUUCCACAAACUUACAUUCAGGCACACCAAGAUGAAGACAGCUACCAACAUUUACAUAUUUAAUCUGGCACUGGCUGAUACCCUGGUCUUGCUGACACUGCCCUUCCAGGGCACAGACAUCCUUCUGGGCUUCUGGCCAUUUGGGAAUGCACUGUGCAAGACUGUCAUUGCUAUCGACUACUACAACAUGUUUACCAGCACUUUCACUCUGACUGCCAUGAGUGUAGACCGAUAUGUAGCUAUCUGCCACCCUAUCCGUGCUCUUGAUGUUCGGACAUCCAGCAAAGCCCAGGCUGUUAAUGUGGCCAUAUGGGCCCUAGCUUCAGUGGUUGGUGUUCCUGUUGCCAUCAUGGGCUCAGCACAAGUGGAGGAUGAAGAGAUCGAGUGCCUGGUGGAGAUCCCUGCCCCUCAGGACUAUUGGGGCCCUGUAUUUGCCAUCUGCAUCUUCCUUUUUUCCUUCAUCAUCCCUGUGCUGAUCAUCUCUGUCUGCUACAGCCUCAUGAUUCGACGACUUCGUGGUGUCCGUCUGCUUUCAGGCUCCCGAGAGAAGGACCGGAAUCUCCGGCGUAUCACACGGCUGGUGCUGGUAGUGGUGGCUGUGUUUGUGGGCUGCUGGACACCUGUGCAGGUCUUUGUCCUGGUUCAAGGACUGGGUGUUCAGCCAGGUAGUGAGACUGCAGUAGCCAUCCUGCGCUUCUGCACAGCCCUGGGCUAUGUAAAUAGUUGUCUCAAUCCCAUUCUCUAUGCUUUCCUGGAUGAGAAUUUCAAGGCCUGCUUUAGAAAGUUCUGCUGUGCUUCUGCCCUGCACCGGGAGAUGCAGGUUUCUGAUCGUGUGCGCAGCAUUGCCAAGGAUGUAGGCCUUGGUUGCAAGACCUCUGAGACAGUACCACGGCCAGCAUGACUAGGCGUGGACCUGCCCAUGGUGCCUGUCAGCCCACAGAGCCCAUCUACACCCAACACGGAGCUCACACAGGUCACUGCUCUCUAAAUGCACCCUGAACCUUGAGCAUCUGGGGCCUUGAAUAGUUUUCUUUUGGUUCAGGAUGCUCAGUCCUAGAGGAAGACCUUUUAGCACCAUGGGACAGGUCAAACCAUCAAGGUGGCCUCCAUGGCCUCUAUCAGAUUAAGUUUCCUCCCUGGUAUAGGACUAGAGAGGACCAAAGAAACUGCAUGGAAACAUCCACAACACAGUGGACAUGCCUGGUGAGCCCAUGUAGGUAUACAUGGUUCACUUUACUCUUCUCUGGCUUCUCCCUGCUGCCCUGGCUCUAGUUGGGCUCAACUGAGGUAUUGUAAUGAUCACGUAGUCACUAUUGUGACUACCUGUUGUGUGCUAUUGUCCUCAGUCUUUCAGUGUUUUCACAGAACUGCUGACCAUACCUGGUGUUGCCUGGCCCUUAAGCUUGGAGUUGCCUUGGAGCAUCUUCUAGUCUGACUCCACUGAUGCAGUCAGAUUACCUGAGGUGGGUGAGCAUCAGUGGAUUCAUAGAUGUCUGUUUUCUGAAGAUUCUUUUCAUGCUGUACUAUGGAGUCUAUGAAGGGGACUUCGCACUUCAUCUGGUACUGCCACUGUCUGCUCCAUCAACCUGGACCAUCUUCUCAGCAAGAGGCUAGCAGGGAACAAGACACAUAGCUUCCCUAAAGCUCUUUCCUUCCAAAAACCACUGUGAACUCUUAUUCUAUAGACUGCUUGGCAAGCCCUGCUUGUAGGUGUGUGGGAGGUAAUCAGGAGAAAGUUUUGUGGCCUCUGUAGGCUGCUUACAACAUGGAGGUACCCCGUGCUGGUCUUGACUGCUUAGUAUGGGCAGGGCAGGAUAAUAUGCUCUCUCCUUAUUAUCCACAGCCUCCCUCAGCUCUCCAGCAGUCUUUCUUUUACUUGACAUCAGAGGUCAGCAGUUGUACUGCUAGAAGCAUACUUGUAGCCUGGGAGAAGUGGCAGUCAGAAUGUGUUCUAUUCUAUACCCACGGUGACCACCUGCUUCAUUUAUAGGGUUAGGUCAUAUCUGAGUAAGGCCUGAGCUUUCUGCCAAAUUGGAGGUUGGCAUCAAAUGAAGAGCUGGCAUGAGAGCUGAAGCCUAAAAUGGCUCAUUUGAGCCAAUCUGCAAGGACUAUUAUGAUUUGGGGGAUAUUGGAAGAAGAGUCUACACCUUGGAGAUAUAUCUGAUGGUUCACAGAAGAAGAGGAUUUGUAAAUACCCUUUCUAUGGGUCAGAUAUAAAAAUACCAGCAACCUUAGAUAGAAUCUGAUCUCACACCAAGACCUUGGUCAGGUGGUUUCAUGCCAUGCAGAACCUAGGCUGGUUCCUGUCUCAGAGAGACCUGGCCUUAACAAUCUUUCUGAGGAGACUAGGGUUCUUCCUAUGACACUUGUGCAGGAGCCAUUAGCUCUACUGUUUUCUUGCUAAUGCUAGAAACUUUGUGAAUUUGUAUACCUUUAUGUAUUUAAGCAUGCAACAAGUGUCAUUUCCGUGCAUGUAGCCAGCCCUGAACCUGCCCCUGGGGUAAUGAAGGAGUGCUCAUAAUAAACACUUACCCAGUGACUAGUACUGUCCAUA